UUGUCACAGUUAACAUGUAUUUUUAAAGAAAACUUUAUUUACAUACAAAUACACCACGAAAUGUGGCUCAAUCUGCUCAAUAAUGAAUCCUUACGCCUUGGCUGGGUUUACCGUGGUCGUUCUUCUGGUGUUGGUCUUGAUUAGCUGGAAAUGGAGAUCUAAAAAAACCCGCACUGUACAAUCGCAACCAUCAACUACUCCUGUACAGCUGGUUCAUAAGUUGUGUCCUCAUCGCAACGUGGUGCAAAGCUACCUGUUGGAGCAAAAGGACAGCCUAGACGAACAUCUCGACGUGCUCACAAGGAAACUUGCUGAAAAGGAAGGUAGACUGCAGCUGUCCAAAUAUAAGAUAAGUGAGACGCAGAAUGAGAUUGAGAACCUGCACGCGAUUGACCAUGGAGUGCAGCAGAAGUACCGUGAGGUCAUGGAGGCGUUGCGGAAAGACCUCACGUUCAACGAGCGGGAGUGCAAGAGGCUGCAAGAGCAGAUUGAGUGGGUGUCCAGAAGGCGUGCUGAACUCAAUAGUGAGGUGAACCGAGGUCAUAAGUUGUACGGGGACGCUGCACUGAGUCUAGAGGCAAACUUAGCUGAAAUGCUACGAGGCCGCAUUGUAGAUCAAAGAGUCACAGAAAAGCCACUCAACCAGGGAUCCAUAACAUCACUACGGCUCAGGAAGGAACCCCAACUUCCCAAAGCCGCUCUGUUCACCAUCAAGCCAUCCCCACCGCUAUCCAACCAGUCUUUUGAAAGAGUCCGUAUGAUGGAUUAAUUUAUGUAAUUGGUAUUGUGAUUUUUUUUAAUAUUUUAUUUUAUUAAAUUAUUUGAUUGGA